CACAACUGAAGGUUUUCCAACCACUUUGAAUUUGACCACUGAACACGUUAUAACCUCAACUAGUCCAAUGUCUUUGAAAACGGUGAGUGCCCCUGGAACAACUAUGGACACCAGUGCAAAAUCACCCGCAGCUACUAUGAGUCUGGAUUUGACAACAUCACAUGAGGCAUCCACUGUGCGCUCAAGUCCCAGUUCAACUACGGCUUCCCCUGUUGGUCUUUAUAGUACAACGGAGAAUCUGCUUGAAGCCACCCCUUCAACUUUCCUUCCAUUCACCACGGAAAUUGACGCUCUUACAGAUACAACCCCAGACAUUAGAUCAACAACCCAGGAACAAGUCGAGACGCUGCAGACAACCUCACAGUCAGCUACCUUCGACUUCACAACAGACAACGCGGAGAUAUCGGCAUCUCUUGGGGGCCAUACGUAUUUGACCCGCCUUCAAUUUUCCACAGAUGAACCGUCUAAUGGCGUCACAACGGUUGUUCAUCCACUCCGGACGGAACAAGAGUUAGCAACAACAGUGCCUGUAUUCAGGCCGACGACCCGGAAACAUACUACGUCAUUAGAGACAACCGUCCAACCAAGCACAACUGUCGCCAAUGUUGUUGGAACAGAAUCAGCGACUCUACUUGAAGAUCAAACGCAAUCAACAAUCUCUAGCUCGGCAGCUUUUACAACACACAGAACAACUGAUGCAAGUAGAUCGGCGACAGAACCGGUUAUUUCUCCUACAACCGCUUCAGAGGCGUGCGGAAGUCAGCCGUGUCAAAAUGGCGGCGUGUGUAGUGAUGUGUUUGAAGGGUACGAAUGCAGCUGUCCACUUGGAUUCGUCGGAGCUGACUGUGAACUGAUAGACCUAUGCAUUCCAUCACCAUGUUAUAACGGUGCCAAGUGUUCCAUGAAUUCCCACCAAAACUUCACCUGCACAUGCGCUCGGGGAUACAACGGCGCCCUCUGCGCCGACGACAUUGACGAAUGCGAGGAGGAGGGGGAUUGCCCAGAUAGAAGUGAGUGUGUGAACAGUAUUGGGAGCUACACGUGCGUUUGUAUCCAAGGGUUCAAAGGUCAAGAGUGUUCUGAAAGGGAUUUCUGCGCUGAUGGACCCUGCCUCAAUAAUGCUACGUGUGUCUCGGUAGUGGAAAAGUUCAGCUGCGAGUGCAAGGGAGGUUACACUGGGACUCGAUGUGAGACAAUAAUUGAAAGUCCGUGCCAACCAUCACCGUGUCUCAACGGCGGAGAGUGUAUGUUUGGACAGGGAGAUGGGCAGCCUCAAUGUCUGUGCGGUCAACAGUUUCUGGGGGAAAAUUGUGAAAUUGACACAGAUAUUUUCUCCUGUAAAAUGUACGUUGAGGGUGCCAGCGUGGAUACAGAAACCUUCAAGACUGAUACUGCAAACUUGAUUAAAAGUACAAUGGCUGACAAUGCUGGCUCAUAUUCGACGGUGGAGGUCGUUCUUGUGUCCACCGCAGACUACGAAUCCGCUGAAACCGGGGAGCCAAUCACGCUGGUUACCUAUCUUGUCUUGGUGAAUGGCACGGCAUUGACGCCGGCUGAGGUCACUGACCUGAUGGAGGGGACGAGCGAUGACGUAAUGGAUGACAUCGUUUCCUACAAGCCAUUUAAAGGAAAUGUCUCGGCUAGAUCAGAAAUGACAUGGGCACAACAAUACUGGUAUGUCAUUCUACUUAGUACAACUGGUGCAGCAACGAUCGUGCUUUUGAUAAGCUGUCUGUUGUCCAGAGCAUACAAGGCAAAGAAGCAAAAACAAAAAGUUCACAGCGUGGAUGAGUGUGACGCUAGUAAAGAAGUCAUGUCGGUACAGGCAGAAGUUUAUUUGGCUUCUCAUCUGGACGCAUUCAGUUGUGAAUAAUUUUCCUGAGAAUCUUGAAGCAGGACCUCUAGUAAUCC